GGAAGCUAAUAGUUCUUCUAUGGUUUUUUAUUUCGGACCGCGAAUGAUGUGACCCAAGUCAUCAUGGUUGAUCGGUGGCUUGCUGUGAGCGAAGCCCCCGGUGCCCCACUGGGCCACUCAAGGAACAGAUGCAUCUCGACGCCUACCCAUCCAUCUACCUCUCCCGCAAGCCGACAGACUAUCUGUCUGCUUAUAGCAUCAUAAUGACACAGUAUAGAAAUGAUCGGCAUUCGUUUUCUUUUGUUCCAGGCGAUAUCAGACCUUUCUGUCCCCUUGUCCCACCAGAUAUCACAUCCCAUAACACGGUCUCCCACUCGUUUCUAGUUCAGCUUCUUUCCUGCAUCUCUUCGGGCAAAUAUUCGGGCAUAUUGGUCUUGUACCUUCUCAUUCCACUAUUCUUUAUUGUUCCAUUCCCCCUCGCUACUUUUUUCGGUGGCUCCUUUCUCUCCCAGCCCACUGGUCCUCAUAAUUGGAUAUCAGAUUGGUCUUGAACGGCUCCGCUUUUGAGCAAAAAGAGGCCAAGAGGUGGAGAGGUGCAAAUCACUCUCGAGGAAGUUCCUUUUUUAGAAUCCUUUUUAUUUUCCUUUUCCUCGCCGAAGC